AUGGUUGAUUUCCAAGCGGCCUGUCGUGGGGAUUCAGGCAGUCCCAUGGUCUUCUACAUCAAUGCGUUGAGGCGAUGGCAGGUGGAAGGAAUUGUGAGUCAUUUCUUCUUCGAUGAGCCUUGUUCCAUGAGGCGCCCAGGCCAAUACUCCAUUUUCACUAGAGUCAAUCGGUUUGUCGAUUGGAUCCAGACGAAUAUUGAGGACACACCGACACUCAUCUACCCUACUAAUGAGCGGCUGAGCAAGACCCAGGCUUACAAAAACUCAACAGUCAAACGCUACCACACGAGUCGGCACGUGAACAGAUACGAAGCCGCAGCUGAGCGGGAUGAAAGAAAUAUUAUAGAUAGGAGACUCAGCCCGUCUCACGGAAUGAAGGGAACAAAGAACGAGACAGACCUCCCCUUUCCCUUCAAGGCAGUUACUGAAUGUCCUUGGCUAUUCAUGGCAGCAUCCCCUUUCUUUCUGAAGACGCAUUAUUCCCAAUUACAAUACGAGCACAUGGUGAAUUCCAUCAUGCGAUCUUCCACUGGUCGAGGAAUGUUCGGAUAG